CUUGGGAUACCGAUAUCCUUGCAUGUGUGAAAACGUUAGGACUUUCCUUUGAGCAACAUCGUUUUCAGAAGCACGCCUUCCCCAGUGGUGCCAGUUAGGAUUGGCAUGCUGCUGAACAUCAGUCUACUUCGGUAGCGUUCCUUCCAAAGGGCUAGGGGACCGGUGCGCUUGCAGGAUUGGGGACCAAGAUGGAGAAAAGUCACAAUCGGAGCCAUGUGCCUCUUAUGGAAUGGGCGAGCGGCUUCCUAGGCAUCGGGUCGGCCGUCCUCUACGGCACCACGGCGGUCUCCAUGAACUUCGUGAACAAGGCGGCCAUGCAGAUGCUGCCGCUGCCCAACGCGGUGAUGGUGCUGCAGAUGCUCGCCACGCUGCUCAUCCUGCACCCGCUGCUGGAGCUCGGUUGGCUGGGCUUCCCCAAGUUCUCAUGGGCCACUUGUCGGCGGCUGUUUUGGAUCACGGCGCUCUACACCGCCAACGUGGGGUUCGCGCUGUUCGGCCUCAAGACGCUCAACAUCCCAAUGUACAAUGUGCUCAAGCGGCUCACCCCCAUGAUGGUGCUCACAGUCAAGGCAGUGAUGCGGCGGCGGUGGCCCCGGCUGCAGAUCUCCCUG